AUGGCCCCUAUACGGCCGGCGGACACAUUAACCGCGGCGGACGCCGGCCUCUCGGCGUUCGGUGCAGCCAGCUCCCGGCAGCCACCCCGCGUCUUAAGGAAAAUGCAGAGACGCCACAGCAGCAACACGGAUAACGGUCCACCUGAAAGAAAUCGCAGCCAAGCGCUCAGCUCCGAGGCGAGCGUGGAUGAAGGCGGCGUCUUUGAGAGUCUGAAGGCAGAGUCGGCCUCCCCACCUGCACUCUUCUCCGGCCUCCCCGGCCUCCCUGCCAGCAGCCUCCCCACCGCCCCAUUCCCAUCCAGCCUGGUGCUGGGGGCAUCGGCCGGAGGCGGGGACGUGUUCAUCCAGAUGCCAGCGUCCAGGGAGGAGGGCGGGGGCCGGGGCGAGGGGGGCACCUACCACCACCGCCAGCCCCUCCAUCACUUCCAUCACGGCGGCCACCGCGGGAGCUCGCUGCUGCAGCACGUGGGUGGGGACCACCGCGCUCACUCUGACGAGGGGGGCGACGAGCAGCCAGGGACGCCUGCCCCUGCCCUGUCCGAGCUGAAGGCCGUGGUCUGCUGGCUCCAGAAAGGCCUGCCCUUCAUCCUGAUCCUCCUGGCCAAAGUGUGCUUCCAGCACAAGCUCGGCAUUGCCGUGUGCAUCGGGAUGGCCAGCACCUUUGCCUAUGCCAACUCCACGCUGCGAGAACAGGUCUCUCUGAAGGAGAAGAGAUCGGUGCUGGUCAUCUUGUGGAUCUUGGCCUUUCUGGCAGGAAACACCCUAUACGUGCUCUAUACAUUCAGUUCCCAACAGCUGUACAACAGCCUCAUAUUCCUGAAGCCCAACCUGGAGACACUGGACUUCUUCGACCUGCUGUGGAUUGUGGGCAUCGCAGACUUUGUGCUGAAGUACGUCACCAUCGCCCUCAAGUGCCUGGUCGUGGCCUUGCCCAAGAUCAUCCUGGCUGUCAAGUCCAAGGGAAAGUUCUAUCUGGUCAUCGAGGAGUUGAGCCAGCUGUUCCGAUCACUUGUCCCCAUCCAGCUGUGGUACAAAUACAUCAUGGGGGAUGACUCUUCCAACAGCUACUUCCUAGGAGGGGUCCUGAUUGUUCUCUACAGCCUCUGCAAGUCUUUCGACAUCUGUGGCCGUGUGGGCGGAGUCAGGAAAGCCCUGAAGCUUCUCUGCACCUCUCAGAAUUACGGAGUCCGGGCCACUGGGCAGCAAUGCACAGAAGCCGGCGAUAUCUGCGCCAUCUGCCAGGCUGAGUUCCGGGAGCCUCUGGUCCUCAUGUGCCAGCACGUGUUCUGUGAGGAGUGCCUCUGCCUCUGGCUGGACCGGGAGCGCACCUGCCCGCUCUGCCGCUCGGUUGCCGUGGAUACCCUGCGCUGCUGGAAGGACGGGGCCACUGCAGCACACUUCCAAGUGUAUUAG